AUGCUACUCAACACGCGUGGACCGAAACAUGGACGGCGUCUCUUGCUAUCCAGCGUCAUACGAUCGACUGCACUAUACGCGGUGCCUUCGUGGAUAAAGGGGAUGGAAACGAGAUCCUACAGGCGAAGCCUUGAGUCGACGCAUCGUUUAAGGGCAAUCAGAGUAUGCAGCGCUUUUCGCACCAUCUCUGACGACGCCGCACUGGUGAUCGCUGGGUUGCUGCCCAUCGACGAAUACGCAGCCAUCGCGUCGGACUCCUUCACAGCGUCAAGACAAACAAACAGCACUACCACAGAUCAGCAGAGUGGCCUCGAGCAUCGGAGGGCAUGGCAGUCGAGUCUGCGUAGAUGGCAGGAAAGAAAACACGGGGCAGUGAACUUCUACCUCACACAGCUCCUGAGCGGCCACGGAUGCUUCAGUAGCUACCUGAAGAGAUUCAACCAUGACGAGUCGGAUGAAUGCACAUGGUGCGGAGCUGGCAUUGUAGAAGACGCAAGCCAUGUGCUCCAGCACUGCCCACGCUUCGACGUAGAAAGGUGCCGUCUGCAGAACGUAAUGGGCGAGCUGGUGACUUCGAGAAAUCUCAUCAGAAGGAUGACCGCAGACCCAGACGUAUGGGAGGCGGUCAGUGCCUUCGCCGUGCGCGUAACGAAGGUACUCAGGAAACUGGAGAGGUAA